UCAUGAUCUAGGUUAUGUUUCCCAUUGGCCAGUGUAAACAAAAUUUUGCUAAUGUGUCAAAAUUUUAUCUUCAGUUGCCGGCAACACUCAUUUCUGUGUCAAUAGGGUCUUUAAAUUUUGUUUAAGAUGGCUAUGUCUAGUGGAAUGUCAUUCAUAAUGUCAUCAGUUCUGGCUGUUCUGUUGUUUUCUGGCAUGCAAAUGUAUCGGCAGUGGUUAGCUUCAUCCCAGAUUCAAACAAUUCUCGGUGGAUAUCUUGGAUCACUUCUUUUUAUCCUCUCAUUGACUGCUGUAGGCAAUGUCCAAGCUGCUUUGUUUGGAAAAGGUUUUCAAAUCAAACUCUUCCCUGAAGUAUUUAUCUGUUUCCUUGUGGCAUUAUUUUCCUCUGGGAUGGUGCAUCGAGUUUGUAUAACAACAUGUUUCAUAUUUUCUACUGUUUCAUUGUACUACAUCAACCGUAUUUCUCAGAAGACUUAUUCAGCAGUUCAUCAUUCGGCACCAUUGGGUAAAAAGAAAAAAUAAGUGCUGAAUGCAAGAAGAAGGUGAGGACAGAACUUUCAAGCAAUUGGCAAUUGUGAAUAAUUUUAAUACUUAAAGUUUAGAUUGUAACUACUUAGAAAUCUUGUAAAUAUCUUUUAAUUUCCGUGUAUGAACAAAACCUAGAUUAAAAUAAAUUUAAUUGUAACCAAAAAAGUAUUUCUGGUGGAAUAUCAUACAUAAAAGUUGGCUCUCGUCUUUUCAACUAGAAA